AUUUUAUGUAAAAUACAUACCUCAGUAAGUACUAAGUACCUAUUUUAUUUAUACAGCAUUCUUAGAAAUAUUGAUAUCUUUAUCUGAUAACCUCUAUAAUAAGAUUAAUAUUUACUUUAAUAUAGGUACAAAUAUUACUAAGAAUAAUCGGUACUAUAAGUUUGAGUACUUAAAAUAUUAAUAUUACUAAAUAGCAUAACUUUUCUGACACAAUUUUUUGUACCUAACAGUAAAGCUGAGCACCUACUACCUUAUAUUUGAUAUAAAUAACUAAUAAAUAAUUAAAAUUUAUUUUAAAGUAUUCGACAUUAAACAUAAAUUAAUGUCAAAUAUUUAUAAAAAUAAAACACUUAUUGGAUUUUAUCUUAUUCAUUGUUUGUAUUAUAAUUUUAAGAAAAUGUUAUUAUAAUAAUAUACGUCGUAUAGAAAUAAUACCGUCAAAGUUAUUGUGCAAUAUUAAUUGCACAUAGAUAAAAAAGUAGUCACAUCAGUAGGUACCUAAUAAUUUUUAUCAAGUAUCUACCAGAUAAAUACAGACAUUUCCUAGGAUCUAUUGCCCAUUGUUUUUAGAACCGAGAACUUAACCGGAGUAGGUAGGUACUCAAGUACUUUUGAUCUUCCACUGGCAAUCCUCACAUUCUCAAUCGCUUCCAACAACUUUUUCGAUUUUCCUAGUUAUCUUUCUAGUUUAUUUUAAUUACAAUUCUUACUGUUUCAGAUUCCUUUAUUCCUGUGAUAUGCCAAAACCAUCUCAGUAUAGGUGCGAGUAAGGGGUUGCUAGGGGUUUUUUAGCACGCCCAAAAAUACCCAAUAAGAUUACUUAUAGGAUAGACUAAAUAUUUUACCAAUAUAUUCCAUAAUUAUAAGUAGAACAAAAUACAGGUUACCUAGAGACAAUGCAUGUGUGUAUAAAAAAUAUAGUUAAAAAAGUACAGCAAACUGUAAUCGCAUUUGUUAAUUGAUUAAUAUUAUUAUGGCUAAUUUAUUGACUACAAUUCUUUUCUCUGAACUUUAAAAAAUAAUUAAAAAAUCAAGAAUUCGAUAAAAAUAAAAUAUUAAUACAUCAAAAUUUUUAGAAGAAUAAACUCUAUAAAAUGAUCAUUUUCAGAAAUAAUAAAAUAAAAAGUUAUUUUUAAGUUUUUUCCCAAAACAUACAAAAUCAAGGCGCUGAGUAAAAAAAUAGAAUUUGAUUAUUUUUAUUAUUUUCGGAGCGAUAUUACAAUGGGUAUAACCAGGUGAUCCAUUUAAGUGGGUACACUCAUUAUCUCGAAAAAUAUUCACUUUUUAGGAAUUGGUUUUCUAGAAAAUUUAAGAAAUAAGCAGCUCUAUAAUUUUAUAUUUAUGUUAUUUUAUGUCAACCUUAUUUUUUGGGUGUAAAACCAUUACUCACUAUUGAUUUUCAAAUGGCAGCAUAUGUUAAAAAUUCCAUAAAUAGAUGGAGUACAUAUUAGUUAAAAUAAAUUUUAGUGUUGAAAUUUCUGUUUUCCAUUGACUUGUUGACAAGAUAUUCCACUAUGAGUUUUGGCGGGAGGAGAGUAGUGGAACACUAAUAAAACGGUUGGAGGAGAAUAGUGGAGUACCAUUUAUGUGGCGGUACGGCACGUGACACAUUAAUAAUGCACCGCUAUUCUCCUCCAAUCUAAAUUUAAAAGUGGAAUAUCUCGUCAACGGAUCGACGGAAAUCAAAAAUGUUAACACUAAAAUGUAUUUUAACUAAUACUAUCCAUCUAUCUAUGAACUUUUCAAUAGAGGUUGCCGUUUGAAAAUCAAACGUGGAUAGUGGUAUUAUCCCCGAAAAUAAUGGUGAUAAAAAAUAACACAAAUACAAAAUUGUAGAGCAGUUGGUUUCUCAAAUGUUCUAGAAAACAAAUUCCGAAAAAAAUUAACACUCUCCGUGAUAAUGAGUGUACCCGCUCGAAUGGUUCACGUGGUAUUUUCAAUGGAAACCGUGUGUAUUAUUAUUUUUGACAAUAUAUUGCUUUGGGGAUUUAUUUUCCUAGGGAUUCGUAUUCCGGGGAUAUUUUUCCCGGUAUUCCGCCCAACAAUCCGAAACAAACAACAUAACCCACGUGUAGUCAAUCUCCCUACACUCUGGCGGGUGUUUCGGAUUAUAACCCAAACUCCCAUCACGGCUGUAUCUAGCCAAAAAUUUAUAGGUAGGUAGGUAGGUACUAUAAAUGCUUCUGGUUUUUUUUUUUUUUUCUUUAGAAAAUGUAGUCGAUUCUAUUGAAAACUUUGGGGUCGAGGGAUGGGUUGAACCCCCGAAACCACCCCUCAGAUACGCGGCCUUGUACGCAGGUACACAUAGCUGGAUGGUUAAAUUGGCAGUUCACUAUCAUGUCGACCACCCACGUAGGUAAUAUGUUGUUAUCGUUUACGAAUAAAACGUCUAGACAAUAAUCCGAACGUUCAUAAUUUUUCAGUCGUGAAUUCCGCGCACACGCGUAACCCCGCGGCACGUUUAUCGGCGAUGAAAAAAAAAUAUUAUCCGCAAUCGUCGUAAUGAUCGCUCAGGUUGAUGUGCGGGUCUUACCUGAAAACAGUCGUACGCGCCUUCCUGUUUUUUUUUUUUUUUUUUUUUUUUUCUGCAAUUUAAGAGUACUCGGUGACCGAACGCAGAUAGUGACGGUCUACCUCGUACGUCUAUCUGUAGUACGUUCUAUCUGUAGGUGCCCACUCGACAGUCGUUUCCUGGUUUCGACCAAACACUCGAGCGAGUACCGAGCCGCGUCGCGUGUCGGCGAAUAACGUUUGGCGUUUUGUUAUCAUAGGCCAAAAAAAACAAAUAACGCGGCCGCUUAUCAUCGCCGUUAUCGGUUUGUAUGUUUUGCAGUAAACUUGGUUAUCUUCAUUCGUGCCAUCGUGUUUCGGUAGUUUUCACCGACUAAUAUUAUUUUCAUUUCAAUUAUUCGUAAUCGAUCUAUGGCUUUGUGCCGCAGUGCUGCGAACCGAUUAACUCACUGUUCGGACAACAAAACGGUUUAUUAAUUUAUUACGACUGUUUUUUAUUAUUAUUUUUUUUAAUUUCACUCUUGUUCGGACCAAUCGUGCAGUGGUACAUCCGGUAAAAUAAUUUCAAUUCUGGACGAAAAAUCGUAUACGCUGACGGUGUAUUCUCAUAAAAAUAUAAUGACCGUCGAUAGAGACAAAACUGACUAUUUGUCCGAAUUCAAAUGGUUGCAAAAAUAUGCUCCUUCGUUUCCAGUAAAAGCCGAAAACGUAAGUACCUACACCGGUUGACGUCAAAAUACCAAACAUAUUACUAUUUAAUAUGUAUUUGAAAUUGUGCAUGUUUAGAUCAAGACACUGAAGAGCCCUACAGAGUUUUAUCAGACACUUUUGCAUCGGUGUAUAUCCGCAAAACGGCGCAUCGUGAUAGCUUCUUUAUACUUGGGUACAGGCAAACUGGAAGAAGAACUCGUGAGUUGCUUUACGAUAGUGGAAUGUGUUUGCUGCAAGGCAUACUCAAACUGACAUUGAUUUCAGGUAGACACAAUAAAGCAGUCGUUGGACGAAAAACAAAACCUACAUGUUAGGAUUUUAUUGGAUGCAAAUCGUGGGUCAAGAGGUGAAGUCAGUUCACGUACAAUGUUAAUGCCCUUACUAAAUACAUUGUAUGAUUGUCGUGUAGGUAAUUACAAUUGAAUACAAUUUGCUCGUGUUACCUAUUAUAUUUAUUUCAUUUUAGGUAUAUUUGUAUCAUACUCCAAAAUUGAGAGGUCUUCUCCGGUGGAUAUUACCUGAAAGAUACAAUGAAUUAAUAGGAAUACAACAUAUGAAAUUAUACAUGUUUGAUGACUCUAUAAUUAUCAGCGGAGCUAAUUUAAGUCACGAUUACUUUACAAACAGGUGAAUACGUUAGAAAUGAUCAAAUCAAUGCUGAGUAUGCGUGGCGAUUAUAUUUUAUUAAUAUUUAUCAGUAGUAUGUGAUUAUAUAUAAAGUUAAAUAAGUAUUGAAUAAUGAAGUUUUCUUGUGAUGUAUUUAAGGUACAUUUUUAACAACUAUAAAUAAGAAUUAUAUUCUUAAACUUAAAGAUUUAUUACUAAAACAUUGCACAUAUCUAAAUGUAAUAUCAUUUCUCAUCUGAAUUUCAAAAAAAUUAAAUUAUUGGUAAUUUAUUUUAAUUACUAGUAUUAGGUUAUAUUUUAUACUACCUAUUCAACACAUGAAACUUAAAAUUAAGGUAUAGUCAAAUUGAAUUAUAUUUUUUAAGGUAGAAAAUUUAGUUAUAGAAACAAUGUUUAAAGUAAACCAUUAGACACGUUGCCAAAACAGCCAAGUAUCCAUGAUUCAAACUAGAAAUGUAUUAUGUGAAUAGUCAUCAACGGUCCUGCCGGUUGUUUAUCUUUUUUGUCCAUGACCAGCAUAAAUAAUUUAUGGUGGCCAGAAACCAUUUUGGUUGUUUAAGCAACACGUCUAAUAGAAAUUAUGUUAUUGAUUUAUUGCAAUAACUAUAUUGGUAAUGAUUAUAUUUAUACACAAAAGUGAAUUGAUAUUUAUUGUAAUUUACUAAACCAAAUAAAAUAAAUUUGAAAUUGAUCAUUUGAAUUAUAAGAAAUUAUGUAGUACUUAAUAAUAUAUUUUUUUAAAUUUAUUUGAUAAAACAUUAUAAAAAGUUUUAAACAAAAUUAAACAAAUUGUAUAUAAAAAUAUGGUAUUAUGUGUAAUUUAAAUUGAAUUAAGUAAUAAUUUAAAUUAAAAAUGAAUUAAACAGUUGUGUUUAAAAUAUUGAGCCCUGAUUUUAUGUCUUGAAUCCUUAAUAUUUUUCAAUUUUUAAAAUUGUUAAUUAUAAAAUGUUCGGUUACUAUUUGUUACUGAACACAGGACAUAUAAAUGAUAAUAAAGUCAAAUUGCUACGCAUACCACAAUCACUAAUGUAUUUAUUUAGACACUCUUAAUACAUUUUUGAAAAGUGUAUGUAUAUUUAAAUAGUUUUAUCUCAAUUUAAUCAUUUUACGUGUAAUAAAUGAACAAAUAAUAUUAUUAUUUUAAAAUUAUUUCCAGACAGGACAGAUAUGUUCUUAUUGAAAACUGUCCGUCAUUAGUCAAUUUUUAUAUUGGAUUAGUUGAAUUAUUAGGACGGAUGUCCUUUCAGUUAACAAAUAAAAAUAAUUUAACAUUGGAUCCUACGUGGAAACUUCAUCCUUACCAAAGCUCUUAUCAAACUUAUGCUUCAGAGGCCAGACGAAUAUUGAUAAAAUAUUAUGAUACUUUUAUGAAGCAUUCUAUUUCAGAAAAUGGUAAAUAAAUUUGAUGUCUUGGUGAAAAUGUUGGGAACAGAUAAAUGUUAUAAAUACAAAAAAUGAAGUACUUAAAGAAAAUUUGAAAUCACUGUAAUUCUUAUAAAUUUUCAUAAAUUUUCUCAUUUUCUUAUGUUUGUUCUAAUUAUUAAGUAUUUAAGAAAACUACUAGGAAUAUCAAAAAAUGAUCCAAUACACCAACUAGAUCACAUUUCUACCAAAAACCAUCCCUAAAGUUGAUCAUGAAAGCAAAAUUUUUUGUAGAAAAGUUGUUUACAAUCAAUAAUAAAUAACUUGGUAAAACCAAUACAUUUAUUACAUUGGUUAGAAUUGGCUAUAAAUUCACUAUGGUGGUUAUAACAAAUAAUAUUGUAUUUUUUUUCACCUAUUUUUGUAUUUACGACAUUGUCAUCAUAAUAUUUUGAUUUGGAUUUGGUAAAUUUCAAUAUUUUAAUGUACUGUUAUUUUUAAUACCUAAUCAAUUGUUUUCAUAUUAAUGUUUUAGACACGGAUACAAUAGUUUAUCCUUUAAUAGAAUUCCCCCCUUUCCAAAUUAAUCAAGACAGUAAAACGACUAAUCUUCUUAUGGGUAAUGCUGAAGCUGGAUCCACCAUGUACAUGGCCACUGGAUAUUUCAAUAUACCGGACCUUUACACAAAAACAAUUUUUCACAAAUCAUUGGCCAACUUCAAUAUAUUGUUUUCCCAUCCGAUGGCCAAUUCAUUUCAAGAAGCUAAAGGACCUGCUGGGUUUAUACCUACUGCUUACAGUUGUCUUACAAACAGUUUUUAUAGUAAAAUCGAAACUCUCAAACUUCAGGAACGUAUUACUUGUCAUGAAUAUAAAAGGUUUGGAUGGACAUUUCAUUCCAAAGGUUUAUGGUAUACUCCAAAAAAUUAUGAAUUGCCAGUAUUGACUGCAGUUGGGUCAUCGAAUUAUGGUACAUAUAUGUUUGAGAAAUUUAUUUUUCCUUCAAAUUUUCCAUUAUGAAUGGUUUAAAUAGUUUUGAAAAAAAAAAAAACCAGAACACCAUAAUUUUGGAAAAUAAAAAUUUAAAAUAUAAAUAUUUGGAAAAUAAUUUUGUAAGAAAAUAAAUGAGGCAAAUUUAUCAAAUUUCACUGCAUAAAUGUAAAUGAAAAUAAAAUCAAUCUGUGAUAGAAUUUUGAUAUUUUAACUUACUAAAAUUGUAUUUUCCAAACUGUUAUUUUUCAUUAAAUUAUUUGUUUAUACUUUUAUUGCUCAUUAAUUUAUUUUAUGCUAAAUCAUUUUCCAAGAUUCUAUAGCCCUCCAAUAUUUUAUUAAUUAUAAUUCAUUUAUAGUAUUAUAAAAUAUUUUAAUAAAUGGAAUUUUUUUCUAUGUUUAGGAGCCAGAUCAUUGAACUGCGAUUUAGAAUCACAAUUAAUAAUCGUAACAAAUAAUACAAAAUUACAGCAGAGCUUCCAUACAGAAAAAAGUGAUAUUUUUAAAUCUGCAUCAUUGUAUUCUAUUGAAGGCGAUGCACUCAAAACACCCUUUUGGGUACGGUUUGUUUUAAGAAUGUUUAAAAAUUAUUUUUAAAAAUGUUUAGUACAUAUAAAUUGUUUCUAGUCGAUUAUUAAAGCAAUAAUGAAUAUUAUAAUUGGAUAUUGUGUUUGCAAUUAUUGUAGAUAUAAUACUAUUUAUUUUUUUAUUGUCAAACCUCAGGCUGUAAUACACUUGAAAACAAAUAUAAUAAUAAUUAAUAUGUUAUUCAAA